AUGCGUCAUUGCUAGUCUGGGUACUUACAGGGGAGGUCGACCUACGAGGAGAGAUUUCUCUCGCAUAUUUUUUCCACAAUGGUGAAAUUAACGUUUAACGCUGCUCUUGGUCAAAAGGAUUUGAAGAAAGAUGGGAAGGAGGAGGCAUUGAUACCUGAUGAAAGGGAUGUGGAGGAGGGUGUGCGUGUUCGCCAGCAAUCGCGGUCCUGGUGCUGGUGCAUGUUCCUGGGCUUGGCCCUGCUGCUCUCCGGGGUAGUGGUCGGAGGAGCAUACCUGUACAGGUACUACUUCCUGCCGGUAGAAAUGACACCCCACCUGAGUGUGGGUGGAGGUGGUGGUGGUGGUGAUGAUGAGUAUGAUUAUCUCCAUCAGGAGGGUCCUGUGUACUUCUGCGGUGUGGACUACAUGGAGGAAGACUACAUGAUCCCGGAGGAGGAGGUGAUGGUACCCGAGGACCUGCCCGCUCCGCUGCGCCGUAUCCAGGAGUCCGUGCGCAUCCUGGAGGACGCCGAGGUGGAGUUCAUCAAUGUGCCUGUGCCCGAGUUCAGCAACAGUGACCCCGCUGACAUCGUCCAUGACUUCAACAGGCGUCUGACUGCCUAUCUGGACCUCAACCUGAACAAAUGCUAUGUGAUUCCUCUCAACACGUCCAUCGUCAUGCCACCAAAAGACUUCCUGGAGCUGCUUAUCAAUAUUAAGGCGGGCACCUACUUGCCCCAGUCCUACCUGAUUCACGAGCAGAUGAUCGUGACGGACAAGCUGGACAACGUGGAGACCCUGGGCUACUUCAUCAACAGCCUGUGCCAGGGCAAGGACACCUACAAGCUGCAGAGGAGAGAUACUGUGAUGGGCAUGCAGAAGCGCGAAGCGCUCGACUGCCACAAGAUCCGCCACUUCGAGAACAAGUUUGUGGUGGAGACCGAGAUCUGCAACCUGUAAUGCAGAGACGAACGGUGGCGUUGCCGCCGAACGGAAACCACUUUUCUGCUGAGUUCCACUCGAGUGCAGUAAAAUUACAAUAUUUUAGCCCCUCUAUUUCCUUUAGAGCCGUUCCUGUUUCCUGUCUGGUGGUGGUCUGAGUUAUUGUUUUUGUUAUUGCAAUUAUUUUCUGUGCCGCAAAAAAGCGGUGUCAGCCAGUAGCCAGGGUGAGCCAAGGAGUGGUUGUGUCCCGACUGUAGAUUGACGCUUGGUCUCCCUCUUUUCCAUCUCAGCAAUAUCAAAGCGAAAGACAAAAAGUUGUUUUCUGAUAUUUUUGAUGUAAAAAAAAAAGUAAUCUUUUCUGAAGUGAGAUACUGUCCAUUAUUAAUGGAUGUUUUUAAAAAUGUAAAGAAAUGCUUUUGUUUUUGCCCCAAGCUACACUGGUGUGGAAAGAGAGGAUGGAAAUAAGACAAAAGAUUUAAAAAAAAAAAAAAAAAAAAAAAAAGGUAACAACUUCAAAACAGGCCUAAUGAGUGUAUUUUUGGUGGGUAAUCAGAUAAAUGCUUGGCCUGUGAUAAAAAAAAAAUGUGAAGCUUCCUCACAGCUCUCUUUACCAUAUGACUUACUGGAAGAAAUUACUGGCUUAUUGAAAGUGUAUGAAAUAUAGCCACUCAUGAACAUAUUAAAUACUUGCAUAGAGAAUGAUUUUUGUACUAGUGACACUUGUUAUCAAGAUGACGUAGUUUAGGGCAAUCUUUUUUUACAGUUCUAUCUGCUGUAUGUAAUUAAUACACUGCACAAUUCUAUGUAUAUUUCCUUAACAAGAACACGUUCUCUUAAUAGAGGACGUUUGAGAAUAGCUUAAAAAAAACCCAUGUCAAGAUAUUUAAAAUCAAAUUUAUACGUAGAAACACAUUUGUAAACAGUUAUCAGACUGUGGCAAUAUUUAAUGUUAAUCUUAAAAUCAGUUUUGUAAUAAGAUGAAUGAUGAGAAUUUUCUCUUAAGGGUAUACCUGUAUCAUAGAGGUCUGGUAGCUGAAAAAUCUGUUAAACUAACCAUACAGUAUAACCUCUGUGUGAAUAAGACUAACGGCACAAUUAAAGUACCAAUGUUUAAAGUGAA